UAACUCUAAAUAUGACUUCCGGAUCCUUCUACGACAACGUGCCCCUCGCCGAAACCGACCCCAUCGUUGUGGUCUUGCAAAAGUACGCUAAGGACCCUAGUCCUAAGAAAGUAGACUUGUCCAUCGGAGUCUACAAACCAGAAGAUGGUGAUAUCAAGUACGUUUUUCCAUCGGUGAAAAAGGCCAAAACUGAAAUCUACAACCACGAUGAGGGCCAUCCUUAUCACUCGAUGGCUGGGUACCCCCAGUUUGUGGAAGGUGCUCAAAAAGUAGUUUUUGGUGAUGAUAGACCCCGGGAAGGCCGUACCACAUCGAUUCAAACAAUCUCGGGAACUGGUGCUAUCCACUUGGGAAUUGAGUUUGUCAAGCGUUUGGGCUUGAAGGAUUUCUACGUCGGAGUCCCCACCUGGGGAAACUACCAGGGUAUGAUCGAAUCGGAAGACUGUAACGUUGAAUUUUUCAAUCACUACGAUAAGGCAUCUGGAACCGCUGAUGUGGACGCAGUUUUAAGUACCAUCGAUACUAUGCCUGACCACUCGGUGUUAUUGUUGCAGGCGUGCUGCCACAACCCUACGGGAGCCGAUUACACACAAGAUCAGUGGAAACAGAUAUGUGCCAAGUUGAAAAAUAGGCACAUUUUCACCUUCUUUGAUAUUGCAUACCAAGGGUUUGCGUCUGGAAACAAAGACACAGAUGCAUGGGCCAUCCGCUACUUUUAUGACCAGGGCCUUGAGUUCUUGGCGGCUGAGUCGUUCUCCAAGAACAUGGGAUUAUACGGAGAAAGACUAGGUUGUCUUCACGUGGUGAGUAAGAACCCCAAAAAUAUUAGCAGCGUACACAGCUCCUUGGUUUCGAUCUUCCGGUCUCAGUGUUCGUUUGGUCCAUUGUUUGGGGCUCGAAUUGCCUCCUAUUUGUUCACGGAUUUCAAGGAAGAGUGGGAUCAGGAUGUGUUGACCAUCAGUGACAGAUUGAGCGGAUUGAGAAACCAGAUCUUGAACAAGUUCAAGGCGUUGCAGACUCCUGGGAACUGGGAGCCUGUUGUUCGUCAAAAUGGGUUGUUUUGGUUCAGUGGGUUGCUGAAGGAGCAGAUCGAAGACUUGACAGAGUCCUACCAUAUUUAUAUUCCGCUUAAUGGGAGAUUUAAUGUUGCUGGAUUUAAUGACUCUAACUUGGACUACAUUAUCGAAAGCAUCGAUAAAGUGGUGAGAAAGACCCAAACCGAAGCUAGUUUGUAAAAAUAAAAACUGGUUGGGUGUUGGUGUGUAUGGAUGAAAAUGAUCAAAAAGCAUUUUGGAGUUUGUUUGUAUGGGUGUCUGGGUCAGAUAUCAACUUCAGCAAAGGAUCAAGGAAAAGCGUCCAUAUCCAGGAAGUAGUCGUGGCCAAGACCUAAGCUAGUAUGUAAUUAAUGCAAAAGUGAUUAAAUAGGGUGGUAUGGGUGAAAGUAAUUAAACUUUAAGCUCUUUGGUGUAUGGGUCAGUGUCUGGGUCAAAUGUUCAACUUAGCCAAUGGAAAAGUCAAAGCACCCAAAUCCAGAGAGAAAUCGUACACGAUUCAAGUGUUGACCCAUACACCCAACAACUGGAUUUCUUGGGAAGCUUCUUAAUAAAACCUUAACUUCUUCCGGCUGAGCCAUUAUGCUAUUUUUACACAUCUGAGAAUAUCAGCAAACACUAAUGAACUACAGACACUAAUGAAAAGUAGUACGUGCUAUCCGCAAUGCCCACCAGUGUAGUCAUGUUCAUAAUAUUCACCCUCGUAGAUCCCUUACCGGCUGUAGCUCAUCACCCAACUACUAACCAAAAUUUCAAACUGAAUGAAAAUCCCAAAUGCCAGUUUCCACCCCACAGAUCUGAACUUCGAUCAGAUGUAACAGCCUUCGUGGAACCGUAUGUAUAUGUAUUCCAAGUUCUCUGAUGACUUCCAUCACCGCCGCUGAUCUCGUUUUGUACCGGAUGAGGUUACUGUAAGCAGCACGUUUCAGUCAAAGGUCUGGUUCCACCACCCAACUUAAGCAUCCGGCUGCCAAUACGCCCACUGAAACUCAUGGAUGAUGUGCUAGUGAGUUUCACUAUCUCCAGUAUACACUUUUCGACA